UCACGGCGACGAGGCACGCUAACACAGCCGGUGUCCGAGGGAGCCAGCUCAAGGGCCGCUGGCUGGGGCCGCUGGCUGAGACCGCAGGAUGGCGCAGAACCUGUAUGGUCCGCGAGAGCGAAUGGGCAAUUGGAACGAGGACAUCUACCUGGAGGAGCUUGAUGUUCUUCUGACCUGUAAGCUACCAGUGUCUGUAAAUUGAGGACUAUUGUAGACUUUUUGGGUUUCCUUCAUUUUCUUUUUCACCAGGAGGUCAUGAAGGACUUCUUGGAGAAGAGAGAUAAGGGACAGCUUCUCAUACAGAGAAACAGGAGACUCAAAGAGAAUCUUUUGAGACCGAUGCAGCUUUCCAUAACCGAGGAUGGAUACGUUCACUGUGGCGACAAAGUGAUGCUUGUGAAUCCUGACUACCCUGAGACAGAAGCUGAUCUGUUUUUGGGUGGGGACCUGAGCCUGUGCAUGACUCCGGAUGAAAUUAAAGCCCACCUGAGUGACGACUUAGAGGUGCCCUGUGGCCUGAGUGCAGCUCCAACCAAGAUCCCCGUUGGCAGAAACACUUUUAUCAUUUUGAGUGCAGACAGAAAUGCCAUGGGUCAAGUCCUUAGAUAUGGACAGAACUUCUGCCUUGCCAUAAGGGGAGGAUUUGAAGACAGAAUGCUGUAUUUAUCGAGUGAUCACAGGACCCUGCUGAAGUCAUCGAAGAGGUCUUGGCUCCAGGAGGUGUACCUGACCGAUGAGGCCUCCUACCUGAACUGUUGGCAGGCUGCCUUCCUGGACCCCCAGCUCCGCCUGGAGUACGAAGGCUUCCCGGUGCCGGCAAAUGCAAAAGUUCUCCUCAGUCACUGCCACACAAAUCGGGGACUGGCAGCCCACCGACACCUGUUCUUAAGUACCUAUUUUGGAAAGGAAGUGGAGGUGGCUGCUCACACACAUCUGGAUUCACACAGAGCGGAAAAGCCGAGGAACCAUUGGAUGUUGGUGACUGGGAACCCCCGGAAAGACUCGUCCACCAUGUUGGACGUGCCCAAGCUGCCGGCAGAGGACACCCGAGCCCUGGAGCGGGACACCCCAGCCCCAGAACAGGGUGCAGACCCUGGGGCUCAGUGACCCCAGGCACGCAUGCUCAAAAAACCUAGCUUUGCCAGGUCAUGCCCCAAGCUGUUUUUAAGCAAGGCAGAGAAGUACCUGAACACUAUGUUAAAAACAAAGGCUAUAUGGAGAUUAUUGAACUCGUGGUGGGGGCCUGGGACACAGGACAGACUGGCUCCAGGAAGCAGCUCCUACGUGGUAUUUGAAGGUGACAGAUGAUAUUCCUUUGUUGAUUAUUAAUUCCUGAAGAACUUCAGAUCCUAUUUAGCAGUGGCUUCUACAAGGACCCUGUGUGUGUGGGAUAGAGACAUCAGAACCGCACGGGAUUCCCGUCACCCCCUCCCUUCUCCCCACCACCUGGUGUACUAAGAAAUCCAUGCGUAGCCGUGAGCUGUAGCCUGACCUUGGAGCUAAAUGUCUCCCCCCUUGUAUGUUUGUUUCUACCUCUGACUUAGGGGGCGGUCAGGACCACUACCUGACUGGUCACACUAUCGAGUAAUGAUUUUCAAAGGGCACAGUCUCUUUAAUCCUUGAAACGGGCACAUGAGCCGUGGCACCUAUGUGAUCAGAAAGUUCCUGACAAAAUAAAUGUGCAUCCUUCCACGUAUUUGCUGGUCUGUUCAUUCUUUGUGGCGUCCCUGUGACAUGGAAGGUAAGGAGUUCUCGUAGGAUGGAGAAUCCCCCAGCCCUGCAGGUAAAGAGGAGCCGCAUGGCUGUCUCUCACGUAAAAACGCCAAGAGGCAGACAGUACGUCUCAGGUGGUAGAGAUGUGUUUUAAAGAGACGCUGCUUCAAGCCAGUGUGGAUCAACCCUCUUGAAGGAGGCAUUUGCCGGCAAGUGCUGCAGGACUCCGGGCGGUGGUUUCUGUCCCUGGUUGUGCAUGGGGUUUACCUGGAGGACAUUAGCCAUUGCUGAUGCCUGGGCCCCCGCCCAGAAAUUCUGACUUAAUGGUCGGAUUGCAGGCAGCCAAGGUCGAGACCCACUGCAGUAGGAGGUAAGGAGGAAAGCAUGGGUCCUUGGGGGGUGGUCAAGGAAGGCUUUCCUCAGUGAGUCUCAACCGGGCUGCACUUCCGAAUCACCCGAACAAUGUACAACACGCCCACAGCGCACUUGCAUGCCAGACUGGUAAAUCAGAAUUUCGGGGGUGGGGCUUUAAAAAAUGCAGAGCCCACCUCCAGAGAUUUUCACUUAGGUGCCUUGGAGCGGAGGUAACAAU